UCCUCGAACGAGAAGCAUCCCGCCCUGAGUACGAAGUAUGCUGCCUGACCAAACACCCUCCUCGACGACGCCGCCGCCGCAAUGACCAAGCUCAACACCACGACGGUCUCUCUGGCCGUCACGCCCACCGUCGUGUCCACGCUGUUCUCACACUAUCUCAACCGAGGGCCGCUCAAGCAGCGGCCGACGGCUCAUCUGUCGUACGAUGAAGGCCUGCACCUGAUCCGCUCGUUCCUCGACUAUGCUUCGCGCCACACCGUAGAGGAGCUGCAGGCCUUUACGGCUCAGUGGGUGCCGCACCCGCAAUGGGUCAAGGUCGACGAUGCCACGGUCCCUGACGAGACGCUCUUGCGCGCCGCCGACCUGCUGCGCGAGGAGCUAGGGCCCGACGGCAUCCGCCACGUCGGUGGCAAGGAGUGGUGGCACUGGAGGAAGCCCAAGUCGCCUCUGCAGGCCGAAUGGAUCGAGAUGCGCUCCGACGCCAGCGAGCGCAAGAAGAACGGCGACCCGGGCCGGCGCGUCAUCAUGUACGUGCACGGCGGCGCCUACUUCUUUGGCAGCGUCGACGAGCAUCGCUACCAGAUGCAGCGGCACGCGCGGAAGCUCAAGGCCCGCGUCUUUGCCCCAAAGUACCGGCUGGCGCCGCAGUUUCCGUUUCCCUGCGGUCUGCAGGACUGUUUGGCCGCGUACCUCCAUCUGCUGCAGACGCAGGACCCGAGCACGAUUGUGCUGGCCGGAGACUCGGCAGGCGGCGGCAUGGUCAUGUCGCUGCUGUGUGUGCUGCGGAACCAGGGGAUCCCUCUCCCCGCGGGGGGCAUCCUCAUCAGCCCGUGGGUCGACCUGACGCACUCGUUUCCCAGCGUCGCGGGCGAUGCUCCGCUCGAUUAUAUCCCCCAGGCAGGAUUCCAUCAUAAGCCCUCGCGGGCGUGGCCGCCGCCAAACAACGACGAUGUCGACAUGCUACGCGAGGAGGCAAAGAAGAGAUCCAACGGCCAAACUAAGAAGACGCCGGACUCGUCUGAGCUUGAAAGCAAGCAGCAGGCUCCGCUUGUUGUCAAGGACGGCCAGCCGUUGACUCCGGAAGACGAGCAACAGGUCACAAGCGGCGGCAUCCACACGGACACGGAAAAGUUCCUCACUGUAAACAUCGACGGCGAGCAAGUCACCAUCAAGGACCAGAUUCAGAUGUACACGACCAACGCGCUCCUCUCGCAUCCCCUUGUUAGCCCUGUCAUGCAGCCGACGCUCGGCGGCCUUCCACCACUGCUCGUUAUGGUUGGCGGCGGUGAGGUUCUGCGAGAUGAACAGAUCUACCUGGCGCACAAAUGCGCAAACCCAGCCAAGUAUGCGCCGCCCGACGAGACCUUGACCGCUCGCGGCCGCGAGCUCCUUCAAAAGUACAAGCCAACAGACGUCCAGCUGCAAGUCUGGGACGACCUUUGCCACGUGGCGCCGACACUCAGCUUUACGCGUCCGGCCAAGUAUAUGUACCGGUCUGUCGCCCAGUUUGGCGCGUGGGCACUGGCGCGAGCUCAGAAGACGGGCAUCGAUAUCAUGGAUGACGAUGCCAUAUCCGUGAUUACGAGCUGCGGGUCCGAUAGUGACAUUCCGGACGAGGGCAAGAAGCUGGAGCAAGAGAAGCAAAGAGAACAGUGGGACGCAGCGGCCGCCGGCAAGGUGGGCAAGGCUGGCGACCCGCUGCCGCCGUUUAGGAGACACAUGAUCCGCCAAAAGGUGACUCGCCACGGCCACGCGGUUCCUUUGGCACCCGAAUCGGAGCUUCCGGGCUGCUGCAUGGACCCUACCGCGGUGGGUGUCGUCAAGGAAGGGCCGGUCCGGAAGUGGAUGAGCGCAAAGAGGCAGUGGGACGUGAGAUAUUCAGCUGCCAAAGCAAAGGUGCAUAAGAAGAUGAUCAAGGACAUGGCCGCCGGCUUCCACGAGUUUGGCCCGGGCGAGCAUCCACCGCCAUCGGCCUUGGCCGGGCGACGGCGCAUCGAGUCCGAGCUUAGGGAGCGCAAGAAGAGGAAGAGUAUGGGCCUGGCGCUGUGGUCCCUCUGGGGCUCCAAGCACGAUGAGGCGACGGUUUUGCGGGAGCAAAACGCGGAUCAGGAACCGGAGACGCUGUCCGUCACCGGCGAUGAGGGUCGCGGCGCCCGAUCCUUCAAUGACAUCGAGGCGCAGCAGCCCGCGACCGGCACGGCGCAAAGCAGGAGCCGUUCUCGCCGGCGAACCGUCGUCGACGAGCACCAGACAGAGGAUGCCGCCGUGGACGAGAGCACCCCUGUCGCACAGCUUAUCAACCAGCGCCGAGAGAAGGAAGCGUCUGGCGCCGGCCUCUUGAGCCCAAACUUCGUGCCUGAGACAGGCGUGGCUGGCAAGCGGCCCUUCAUCGACGGCAUCGCGCUGCCCUUUAGCCUUAAGAAGGAUGCCGAGACGGCGAGCAUGAUGACGCUUAAUUCCGCUGUGACGCCGGGCACCGUCUCCCGCCCCAUGAGCCCGACAGGGUCACGGCAUGAGGUGUCAGGCAGGCCGGACCCCGAUGACGCGAUGCGGGCGGAGCAGCUCCUCGCAGGCAUCGGCCACCGUCCUGGACUGCAGUCUAUUGUGACCACAGACAGCGUGCCCAAAGUUGAGAAGGAGCCGGAGCAUAACGGAGACGCCAUCGACGCUGCUUGA